CUGAUAAGUUGUUUAUCAACCGCCAUUCAACAUCAGAAGCAGAAGGAACCUAAAUCCCCUGCUGUGUGUGUGUGUGGGGGGGGAAGUUUGACAGGUCAGCUGGUGUUACAGAGUGUUGGACUGCAGGGUGACAGCUGAGAGGCGGACAUGGACUCCACCGUCCUAAACCCCGAGGUGAAGCAGAAGGAUGCUGAUCGUGCAGUGGUCGUCGCAGUAACAGCCCAUGCAGUGUUUGAAUCUGGAGCUGAUGAUGGUGAUGAGGUGUACAAAGUGGGAAUGGCGUUCCCACUGCUACAGGCGCUCCAGAGAGUGAAUGAACGGCUGCUGGAGGAGAAUCCUGCUGAGUCGCUGCUGUUUGAUGUCAUCCUGGUCACCACUGACAGGCAGCAGCAGAGCUCCCGCAUCAUCAGCAGCACCAAACAUUAUGGUCUUGAAGUCAGCAAGUUUUGUUUUUCCACCGCGGAGGAUUUCAUCGAUGGUUUGCGGACAAACAACGUGCAGCUCUUCCUGUCAUCAGACAGAAAGGAGGCGUCACAAGCAUCACAGAAUGGUGUUCUCUCUGCACUGCUGGACCAGAACAUGGCCGCCUGUCCAUCAGAGCAGCUCAGAGUUUUAUUCUGCGGAGACGCCGUCGUCCAUUCCAACAACAGCCCAAUGCCGAGUUUCUCGGCUCAGCUGGGUGAGAUGCGGCAGCGGUUCGGCAUGUUCGACAGCCCUCUCAGCAUGGUCCUGGUGACGUCACGUGGCGGCAGGGAAAGCUGCUCCGCCGCCCUGCUGAUGUUGCGGUCCCAGGGCGUUAGCGUGGAUGAGGCAUACUGCCUGGGCGGGUCACCAAGGGGCCCCAUUCUGUCCCUGAUCCGACCUCACUUCCUGCUCAGCAAUGGCUUCAGUGACCUGGAGGAGUGAUGACAUCAUGAACUGUCUCACGACUCUGUCUUCCUUCAUUGUGUCUGAAAGACAAAACGCCAAAUCUUCAGUCAGGACCAUUUUGUCUGUUUUAACCUCAGUGGUUGUGAAUAAUAAAUUUGUAUUUCUGUUCUUUACUUAUAUAUGAAAAUAUCUUUAGCUUUUUGUUGCUUUUCACUUUAUUGGAAACUCAGUAGUUUGUCCCUGUUGAAAUGAUGCCUUUAAGUCAGUGAUAUGACUUAUCUAAAGUCAGGCUGUAGACAAGUUUGAAUGUGAUUCUCUGAGCUGAACCUGCUCUGAUGAAAGUUGUGAUCUGGAUUGUUGGAUGCUGUAAGAAAAUCAGGGAGUUGAUUUUUUCAAUUUUAACUUCCUAUGUUAGGAUCCUCUCAGGUUAAGAGAUGCAGAUGAAGUGUUGUUACAGGUUCUGGUCAUUUGUUAAUGAAAUGCACAGACAAGACGUUUGCAGGUGACAGAAACAAGACAGUGAGCGUGUUUUGAUUUUGUUGCUGUGAUGCUAAAUGUUGACCAGCAGGUGGCAGCUUCAGUCAGUAAACCAUGCAAAGGAUUGGGCAGCAUGUAAGACAAACAAAGACACUCAUUGUUAUGAAAGAUAACAGCACUGAGAGUAGAUAAUGUUUCUACAGAGGAUUAUUUUAAGGUUGGAAGUGUGGGAGGUUUUUAAUAAAAUGCUGGAUGGCUUAAAAA